CACAGAUUGAGCACAGAGAGCCACGGCUCCGUGCGCGACAUGAGCGGAUCCGUGCGGGUGUUUUAACGGCAUGACGGCGGAUCGGAGGAGCUGCAGCUGAAGGAGGAGAGCCGGUAGAGACGCUCCAGCCCCGGAGAACCGAAGAGAGGAGCGGCGGAGAGCGAGAGGCAGAGCGCCGGGGAAUCAUGCGGGGUCCUGCGGUCCGGCUGCUGGGUCUCGUGUGGCACCUCUCCGCGCUUUUACGCACCGCGCAAACGUACAAACUCCACCACAAACAAGAGAGCUUCAUCAGACAGCUGUCAGCGUAUGAGAUCAUCACCCCGGUGCGCUUGAAUGAUUUUGGAGAGUCGUUCCCGCACCGGCUGCAUUACCGCAGGAGGAGGCGCAGCGCUGACGCGGAGGUCUCGGGUUCGAGGGCUCAUUACCGGUUCGAGGCGUUCGGUCAGGCGUUUCACCUGAACCUCACGGCUGAUUCUGGAUUCAUUGCUCCAUCUUACACGGUGCUUCAUCUGGGAGAGGAAGAGAAGCGUGGAGACGCUGCAGACCUGCGCCACUGUUUCUUCAGAGGACAUGUCAACGAUCGCAGGGAACACCACGCCAUCUUUAGCCUCUGCACUGGACUAAUCGGCACGUUCACGACGCACAGCGGUCAGUUCUUCCUGGAGCCGCUGCUGAGCGCUGAUGGAGAGGAGUAUGAGGAAGAGCACAACAAACCUCACCUGCUCUACAGACACGAGUCACAUGACUCUCAGCCAUGCAGCAUCGGCACGUUCACGACGCACAGCGGUCAGUUCUUCCUGGAGCCGCUGCUGAGCGCUGAUGGAGAGGAGUAUGAGGAAGAGCACAACAAACCUCACCUGCUCUACAGACACGAGUCACAUGACUCUCAGCCAUGCAGCGCCUCAGAUCGUCCCGUCCAUCACAUCAGUCUCCAUAGCAACAGAACUCUGGAGGAGGAAGUGAUGUCGAUACAGGAAACGAUGCGUUCCGAAGACGGCUCUCGUUCCCGCCGGAAGCGCUUUCUGUCGUAUCCGCGAUUCGUGGAGCUGAUGGUGACGGCCGACGCCAAGAUGGUGCGACAUCACAGACACAACCUGGAGCACUACAUCCUCACAAUCAUGUCAGUAGUCGCUGCGAUCUACAGAGACCCCAGUGUAGGAAACCUCAUCAACAUCGUGAUCGUCAAACUCAUCGUCAUACACAACGAACAGGAAGGGCCGAAUAUAAACUUCUACGCCACUGCGACGCUUCAUAACUUCUGCAUGUGGCAGCAGAGUCACAACGUUUUGGACGACAGUCACCCGGGUCAUCACGACACGGCGCUGCUCAUCACCAGGGAGGACAUCUGCCGAGCAAAGGACAAGUGUGACACGUUAGGUAAGAUUUCACACUACUGUCCUGAUCUGUUAUUUCUGCAGUAUGUGUGCGGUAUUAAAAUGUGCUGCAUGCAGCUGGAUGAGAUACUGUAUCCCACACUGCAGCGUACUCAGAUGAAGCCUCUCAGAUGGAGUCUGAAGGAUGUGCAUCAACACAGCUGCGUUCCUCGUCGUGCUGUAGUUGUCGUGUGUCUGAUUUCACAGCUGUUUCUGGACUCUGACAUCAGAUUCGCCUCAAUGUUCAACAUGCCUCAUGAUGACAGUCCGAAGUGCCGCGAGGCGGGAAUCAAGCAUCAGUACCACGUCAUGGCCCCGACCCUCAACUACGACACCAGCCCCUGGUCCUGGUCCAAAUGCAGCCGCAAAUACAUCACGGAUUUCCUGGACACUGGUUAUGGUGAAUGUCUCCUGGACGAGCCUUUGGGGAGGAUGUAUAACCUUCCCAACCAGCUUCCAGGUCAACUCUACAACGCCAACCGGCAGUGUGAACUCAUGUUCGGCCCCGGCUCCCAAGUCUGUCCGUUUAUGAAAGCUGAGCUGGCGAAUGGAGAAAGGAGGUUUAUUUUGUUCUCUCUCUGGCUGAAAGAGCCAUUCAGAGACGUUAAGCCCAACAAUUCAAUGAGCUCCAAUGUGGUGCCCUGCUCUUUUGUAGCUCCUUUAUGCGUUUCAAAGGAAGGCACUGGUUAUGGUGAAUGUCUCCUGGACGAGCCUUUGGGGAGGAUGUAUAACCUUCCCAACCAGCUUCCAGGUCAACUCUACAACGCCAACCGGCAGUGUGAACUCAUGUUCGGCCCCGGCUCCCAAGUCUGUCCGUUUAUGAAACAGUGCAAGCGUCUCUGGUGCACCAGUGCAGAGGGCGACCAUAAAGGAUGUCGUACGCAGCACAUGCCACUCGCUGAUGGGACCGAAUGUGGCUAUGGCAUGCAACAACUCAUUCGUGAAAAUCAGAUCCCGGGCCGCCGUUACAGUACUAGACGUCUCGCUGGAAACACAUGCAGAUUAGCAGGAGAAGUGACAAGCGAUCCACAUGGAGAAACGAGCUGCCAGGAACAGCAGCCAAGCCGGAGAGCCGCGGCCAACAAAUUCUCCAACAUUUACAAGACUUCAGUCUUUUUCUCUAACUGCCUGAGACGAGGACAGGUUGAAGGUUCUGCCGUGCCGAAGCCGGAUCAGACGAGGCCUGUGUUUAAUCCGUCCUGUCCUGGUGUAUGGCGCUGGAGUGAGUGCUUGUCCGUCAUUAGCAGCAGUGAGUCUGGUUUCGGAUCGGGACGCAGGUGGACUGCUUCAGUCAGACUCGUGUGUAAUGGCUCUGUUGUGGAUUCCUGCUGGACGCUCUUGUGUGACGUGGCUUUUAUCAGAGGAAAGAGGAAGCCUGCAAGCCAGAUUACUGUGUUACUGAGAGGAGACACAGAUACUGUGUACCACGGUUUAGUUAUCGCGUCUGGUGCGCGUGUGCGAGACCGACGCCAGCCUGUCCUGCAUUCCUGCCAGCGCUGCGCUGCGAGGGUUCGGUUACUGCCAGCGGCUCUCUGUCUGUCUGAUGACGCCAAACACAGAGCAUGUGCACUGUCAGAUAUUACUCACUGCAGGCACGGCAUGUGUGUGAAUAAGGAGAUGGACAUGAAGCCGGUUCAUGGUGAAUGGGGCCCCUGGGGCCCCUACAGUGUUUGUUCCAGGACCUGUGGAGGAGGAACACGCAGCACAACCAGAGACUGCAAUAAACCCGAGGUCCGUGUACGUUUUGAUAUUCUGAUGAAGGAUCGCUGUAAACUCUUCUGUCGUGUCGCGGGGACGAUGGCAUACUAUCAGCUGAGGGAUCGGGUCGUCGACGGGACCCCGUGUGGACUGGACACGUAUGAUAUCUGUGUACAAGGCCUCUGCAGGCAAGCAGGUUGUGACCAUGUUUUGAACUCGAAGGCCAGAAAUGAUAAGUGUGGCAUCUGUGGAGGAGACAACUCUUCAUGUAAGACCCUCGCUGGAACCUUCAACAACUCACAAUACGGUUAUAAUGUUGUGGUUCGAAUUCCUGCUGGUGCGACCAACAUCGAUAUAAAGCAGGUCAGCUACUCAGGAUUGCCAGAAGAUGAUAACUACCUCGCUCUGUCUGACAAUCAGUCCAACUUCCUCCUGAACGGGAACUUCGUGGUGUCCAUGUUUAAAAGGGAAAUCACCUUUAAGGGAGCAGAGAUCGAGUACAGCGGAUCUAACACCACGGUUGAGCGGAUCAACUGCACACAGCGGAUCGAGGAGGAGCUCGUGCUGCAGGUUCUGUGCGUGGGAAACCUGUAUAAUCCAGACGUCAGAUAUUCCUUCAGUAUUCCCAUCGAGGAGCAGAGAGAGCAGUUCGUGUGGGAUCUGUCAGGCCCCUGGCAGGAGUGCAGCCGCAUGUGUCAAGGUGAGCGGCGGCGGAAGGCCGUGUGUGUUCGUAAGAGUGAUCAUUUGGUGGUUUCGGAGCAGAGGUGUGAGAAUCUACCUCGACCCAGAGGCACGACGGAGCCCUGCAAUACUGACUGUGAACUCAGGUGGCACGUGGCAGGCCGGAGCGACUGCUCCAGUAAGUGUGGCCCGGGUUACCGUGCGCUGGAUGUUCUGUGCAUGCGCUACAGCCAGAAUAAGAGGCUAAGCGAGCGCAUGGAGGCCAGGGCCUGCGCAGACCUGCCCAAACCUGAACGGAGCGACUGCUCCAGUAAGUGUGGCCCGGGUUACCGUGCGCUGGAUGUUCUGUGCAUGCGCUACAGCCAGAAUAAGAGGCUAAGCGAGCGCAUGGAGGCCAGGGCCUGCGCAGACCUGCCCAAACCGCAGACGCGCGAGGGAUGUCAUGGGGACUGUCUGCUCAAGAGCUGGCAGUACAGCACCUGGUCUCAGUGUCUGGUGACAUGCGGGAAGGGCGUCAGACACCGACAGGUGCUUUGCAUUCUGGGAGACGAGAAGCUGAAUGAGCAGCGCUGUGACCCAAACACCAAACCCUCGGCGGUGGGCGGCUGUGAGCUUCCCGAAUGUGCGUCCUGGCAGGUCGGAGCCUGGAGUCCGUGCACGGUGAGCUGCGGUCAGGGCUAUCAGAUGCGUGCGGUCAGGUGUGUGUCGGGAGCUUACGGCGAGACAGUGGACGACAGAGAUUGUAACGCAGCCACCAGACCUCGAGACAGUCAGGACUGUGAGUUGUCAGCUUGUCCUCGCGCAGCGUCAGUGUUUAACACACCCAGACCAGCAGAAGUGGGUCAGAGACACACACAGUGGAGAUACGGCUCAUGGACCAGCUGCUCGGUGUCGUGCGGCGAGGGCCGGCGGGAGCGCUACGUCAGCUGUAGAGACGCUCAGGGCGGCGUCGCUGAAGAGUCGUCCUGUGCUCAUCUUCCUCGUCCUCCAGACUCCUCCGUGUGUUUCAGUCCCUGCGGUCAGUGGAGGGAAGGAGAAUGGACACCAGGCGGCGUCGCUGAAGAGUCGUCCUGUGCUCAUCUUCCUCGUCCUCCAGACUCCUCCGUGUGUUUCAGUCCCUGCGGUCAGUGGAGGGAAGGAGAAUGGACACCAUGCUCCAGCUCGUGUGAAGGCGGCUUCCAGCGGCGGGUCGUGGUUUGUCAGGACGCAGACGGACGCAGCACCAAUCACUGCGACGAGAGAGUCAAACCCGACCAAUCCAAGAGCUGCGACUCCGGACCCUGUCCACACUGGAACUACGGCGUCUGGGGACAGUGCUCACGCUCGUGUGGCGGCGGUCAGCGCACGCGUCUGGUGGUCUGUCAGCGUCCGAGCGGUCAGAGGUUAAACGAGCACAGCUGCGACGCUCUGGACAAACCGGCCGAUGUGGAGCAGUGUAACGGCCAGCCCUGCGCCGCCGCUGCCGCCGCUGUUUCAUGGCACAGACGAGCGUGGAAGCCGUGCUCGGUGUCCUGCGGGAAGGGAAUCAAAGAGCGGCAGAUCGUCUGCGUCGAUCAGAACCAAACCCAGAUCCAGGAGCACAGCUGCGCUCAUCUCAUCCCACCCAGAACACAGAAGGCCUGUCGGGCCGGACCCUGCCCCUCCUGGAGAGCCAAUCGGUGGAGAGCGUGUUCGGCGAGCUGCGGCGCUGGCCUUCAGUCGCGCGAGGUCUUCUGCAGGUCAAAGGGCAAAGGUCACGUCUCUGAUGAGCUGUGUUACGCGCGAGUGCGUCCCGAUCGCCUCCGCUCCUGCUUCCACACCGACUGCCAGACGCACAGCUGGACAACACACGACUGGAAGGACUGUAGCGCGAGCUGUGGCCGCGGCGUGAGGUCCAGAUCUGUGUUUUGUGUGGACGGCGGGAUGAAGGCGGCUCCGGAGAGCAUGUGUGACGCUUCUCUCAAACCCCACACACACGAGCCGUGUCACAGCGCCACCUGCCUGUACAUCUGGAUCAGCACCGCAUGGAGUCAGUGCUCGGUGAGCUGUGGCUCUGGACUCCAGCGGAGGGCGCUGCACUGCUCUGCUGUGACCUCUGACCUGCAGACGUAUUCACACGCAUCUCCCUCCGACUGCAUCGAGCGCCCGCCGGCUGACAGCAGGCCGUGUGUCCUGUCUGAGUGUCCGUCUGCGGGCCGCUGGAGCGCCGGGCCGUGGAGCAAGUGUUCUCAGACGUGCGGCGCUGGAGUCAUGCACAGGACGGUCCAGUGUCUCAGCGCUCAAAACCUCCCGUCUCAGAGCUGCCCGCUGUCCAGCCGGCCGGAGACACACGCCACCUGCAGACAGACCGACUGUGAGCUGCACACGAGCUGUCGAGAAGUUCAGGUGAAGGGAGGCGUUCAGAAAGAUGGAGAGCAUUACAUCAAAGUCCAAGCCAAGAUCCUGCAGAUCUACUGCGCCGAGAUGCAGAGCGGUUUCCCCAAAGAGUACGUGACCCUGCCCAGCGGCCAGACCGACAAUUACUCUGAGGUGUACAGAUACAGGCUGCAGAACCCCUUUGAAUGUCCGUAUAACGGCAGUCGGCGGCAGGACUGCGCCUGCAGGAACGAUUACACUGCGGCCGGUUACACCGUCUUUCACCGCGUACGGCUCGAUCUUUCCAGCAUGUGCAUCAUCCCGACUGAUUUGAAGUUCAGUCAGACGUUGUUUGGUCGCUCCGUCCCGUUUGCGUCCGCAGGAGACUGUUACAGCGCCGCUAAAUGUCCUCAGGGUCAGUUUAGUAUAAAUCUCAGUGGAACAGGACUGAAGGUCGCAGAAUCCACUAAAUGGGUUUCCCAAGGCAACUACGUCACGGUCAAAGUUCACCGGUCAGACGACGGUAGCAGAAUCUACGGCCGCUGUGGCGGUUUCUGUGGGAAGUGUCUUCCUCAUCCUCAUACAGGCCUUUUUGUCAAAAUCCAGUAA